AUGAGCAUUAUUCAGCGACUAGCAACUAAAAAAAAUGAAUUAGAAAAAAGAUUAGAAGGACAGUAUUCAGGAAAAAGCCAAGGAAAAGAAAUAUUACAAUAUAAAAUUGAAAAAUUGGAAGAAUUAAUUACUAUUUAUGGUUCUGCUUCUCCCUCAAUGUCUCUAACUAAUGCUAGACAAAUGCUCGACCAACAAGUCGGAUUUGAGGAACAAAAAAAGGAACUUUUGGAAAAACCGAAAGGGAUUAGACCAAAGCCUUUAAUUUUGUGUCUGGUUGGACCAACUGGAACCGGCAAGACUUCUUUUUCGCAAAUAAUUUCCCAAGCCUUAGGCAAGAAAUUUUUUUCGGUAUCAUUAGGAGGAUUAUCUGAAAUUUCUACUCUUGUUGGCAGUGAGGCUACUUCUCCGGCAACCAAUAUGGGGCAGUUGGCUCAGGCCUUAGUGGAAACAAAAACUUCGGACCCGGUAAUUUUGUUGGAUGAAGUUGACAAAACCGGCUUGGCUCUGAAAAAUUGUCUGUUAAACAUUUUAGACUCAACCCAAAAUCAAUCCGUUCUCGAUUAUUAUUUGGAAACUAAUGAGAAUGCCAUUCUGAACCAAAAGAAUUUCGAAAUUACUCCUGCCGCGGUUGAAACUUUAAUUAAUAAAACCAAGGAAAAAGGAGUUCGAAACCUAAAAAAAGGACUUGAUAAGAAACAAGGGAAAACCGCAAGCAAAAUUACCAUUACUCCGAAUCUAGUUAACCAAAUUAUUCCGCUUAAUUUCACUAAUCCGGAGGAGAAUGAACCCAAAAAUGACCCAACUGAAUUAGUUAAAAUUAGCCAAGCCUUAGCAAAAUUACAAAACGAAAACGAAAAAUUAGCAAGUAUUCUUUCCGAAAGCCAAAAAGAGUUAGAAAAAUUGAAAAAAAACAACCAAGAUUUGGAGGGGCAAGUUAAAGGGGAAGAAGUAGCAAGUGAAGGAGUUUUAGGUGGUUUAACUAACUUUAAAGGACUAUAUCCUUGGGAAGAAAAGAAAUUGAUAGAAAAUAUUAUCCUAGAUUCAACUGAAUUAGAAAACACUAUUGCUAAUUUCGAAAACAAACUAAAAGCCAUAGUCGUCGGUAGUAAUGAGCAAGAAGUAAUAAAUUUACGCAAGAAAAAGGAGGAAUUAAGAAAAACCUUAAAAGAAAAAGAACAACAAAUUAUUACUUUAUCUAAUCAUAAAUGUGAUACCCCAGAGGGGAAAGAAUUAAAUCUGUGGAAAGAAAAAGUAGUUGAAUUAACCACCGAAAAGGAUAAAUUACAAAAGAAAAUAAAAGAUUUUGAACUUUCGGGAGAUGACGGAGAAAAUUUGGAUAAUCUAACCCCCGAACAACUGAAACAUAAAAUCUAUAAUACAAGAAAGGAAAUUACUAAAUUAAAGUCGGAGAUAGGCAAAAACAACAAUUCUAAUCCGGAAGGGGCUAAUUAUGGUCAUUGGAUUUUAGGAGGAAUGGGAAUUGCCGAUAUCGAGUUGGAGAAUUAG